AUGCCAUUGCCACUUCCUACGUCCGCCCUGCAGCGCCUUGACGCGCUCGCCGAGAACUACGGCACGCCACUGCAGCUUUACGAUGAACAGAUGAUCCGUGACAACGCACGCCGUUUACUGGCUGCCUUCCGCGCGCACUUCCCGGACUUUCAGCAGUUUUAUGCCGUCAAGGCACUGCCUAAUCCGGCCAUCCUCAAGAUAUUGCACCAAGAAGGAUGUGGCAUGGACUGUAGCUCCUCAGCUGAGCUGCACAUCGUCAAAGAGCUUGGUGUGCCUGGAGAUCAGACCGUCUUCACUUCGAACUUCACGGCACAGAAGGACUUGGCUACGGCUUUUGAUCAGGGCGUCAUCAUAAAUCUCGACGAUAUGUCGCUUGUCGACAGUCUCGUAGCCGUGCGCGGCAAAUGUCCUGAGCUUAUUAGCUUCCGUCUUAACCCGGGCCUCGGCCGCACCGACUCGGAGACCAAAUCUAAUGUGCUGGGUGGACCUGACGCCAAGUUUGGUGUACCUCCGUUUCAGAUCGUCGAGGCUUACCGGAAGGCGCAGCAAUCCGGUACAAAGCGCUUUGGUAUUCAUAUGAUGACUGGUUCCUGCGUUCUGAAUCAGGAAUAUUGGCGUGAAACGGUUACAGUACUCUUUAGUACCAUGAUGCUGCUCAAGAAGGAGCUUGGCAUCGAGUUUGAGUUUAUGAACAUUGGUGGAGGUCUGGGUAUUCCGUAUCGCAAGGAACAGGAAACUGUAAACGUCGAGGCUAUCGCCAAGAUGCUGCGUGAGGUAUUCGACAUGGCCAUGAAAGAACACGGGCUCGAGAAACUCCCGCGUCUUUGUAUGGAAAAUGGCCGCUUCAUGACGGGCCCAUUCGGCUGGCUAGUUACUCGCUGUGAGGCCAUCAAGGAGACGUACGGCCGCUAUUAUGGCGUCGACGCCUGUAUGGCGCACCUCAUGCGCCCGGGUAUGUAUGGCGCCUACCACGAGAUCUCGAUUCCCGGUUAUGAAAACAAAGAGGUGGCCCCGUCGCACGUCGUGGGCACGCUCUGUGAAAAUAAUGACUGGUUUGCGAAAGACCGCCCUCUGCCGAAGGCGAAAGUGGGCGACCUGUUUGUGAUUCACGACACGGGCGCGCAUUCCCACUCGAUGGGAUUCCAGUACAAUGGCAAGCUUCGGGCCCCUGAGGUUCUUCUGCGCGCAAACGGCAGCGACACGCUCAUUCGUGAGCGCGAAACGUACGAGUCCUUGUACGGCAACUGUGUGAUGCCUGCGGACCUGUAA